UGGGCUGCGCCCCUCCGGGAACCCCUCUCUUGGAUGCUCUUUGAAGUGGGAGAGGGAGGCAGCGGAGGAGGGGACGGGCAGAGCCGGCGUCUGCACUUGGCGCCUCCUGUUCGGCGCACCUGGUCCGCCUGCCCUCCGCAGCUCUUGCCCCUUUCUCUACGAGGAUAACUUGCUGACCCUGGGCCAGGAUGGACAGCGGACAGCAGUAUUUUCACUGGGCCUGGACCCUGCUGGCUGUGGUGACUGUGGCUGGGGGUGUUACGUCAACAGGGGCCACGGACAACAGCCCGACGUCCAACAGCCUGGAGGGGGGCACCGACGCCACCGCCUACUGGUGGGGGGAAUGGACCAAGUGGACGGCGUGCUCCCGCAGCUGUGGGGGCGGGGUGAUGUCCCAGGAGCGGCACUGCCUGCAGCAGAGGAGGAAGUCUGUCCCAGGUGCCGGGAACAGGACCUGCACGGGCACCUCCAAGCGCUACCAGCUCUGCAGAGUGCAGGAGUGUCCUCCGGACGGGAGGAGCUUCCGUGAGGAGCAGUGCGUCUCCUUCAACUCCCGAGUGUACAACGGGCGGACGCACCAGUGGAAACCUCUGUACCCGGAUGACUAUGUCCACAUCUCUAGCAAGCCGUGUGACCUGCACUGCACCACAGUAGAUGGCCAGCGGCAGCUCAUGGUCCCCGCCCGCGACGGCACGUCCUGCAAGCUCACUGACCUACGAGGGGUUUGCGUGUCUGGAAAAUGUGAGCCCAUCGGCUGUGACGGGGUGCUCUUCUCCACCCACACGCUGGACAAGUGUGGCGUCUGCCAGGGUGAUGGAAGCAGCUGCACCCAUGUGACCGGCAACUACCGCAAGGCAGGCACCCAGCUAGGUUACUCUCUUGUGACCCACAUCCCGGCCGGUGCCCGAGACAUCCAGAUUGUGGAGAGGAAGAAGUCAGCUGACGUGCUGGCUCUGGCGGACGAAGCCGGCUACUACUUCUUCAAUGGCAACUACAAGGUGGACAGCCCUAAGGACUUUAACAUCGCAGGCACUGUGGUCAAGUACCGGCGGCCCAUGGAUGUCUACGAGACUGGAAUUGAGUACAUAGUGGCACAGGGGCCCACCACGCAGGGCCUGAAUGUCAUGGUGUGGAAUCAGAAUGGCAGGAGCCCCUCCAUCACCUUCGAGUACACGCUGCUGCAGCCACCACAUGCCCACCACGUCCAGCCUGUCUACUACAGCUUCCCCGAGCCCAGCUCUGACAGCGCUGAGAGCCAGGAACUGGAUGGGGCUGGGCCCCUGGGCUUCAUCCCUCACAACGGCUCACUCUAUAGCCAGGCCUCUGCAGAGCAUUUGGGCCUGGACAACCGGCUGUUCGGCCACCCAGGCCUGGAGGUGGACCUGGGCCUGAGCAAGGGCCAGGAGACCAAUGAGGUGUGCGAGCAGGCCGGCGGAGGGGCCUGCGAGGUGCCGCCCGGGGACAAGGGCUUCCGAGACCGCAACACCACCGGGCCUGCUCUCUCAGGGGACGAGGAUGGCCGAGAGGCCAAUGCCCAGCUUGCCUCCCAGGAGAUCCUGUCAGCCAACGCCAUCUCUGACCAGCUCCCGGAUGCAGGCUCUGACUCCAAGGAGCUUGCCCUCAAUGAGACGGGGAACAGCAUCUUUGCUCAGGGCGCCCCGCGGACCUCCCUGGCCGAGCGCCUCCACAUCAGUCACAUGGAGCAUGAGGAAGCUGGCACCUUCCUGCUCAACGGGUCCUACCUGGAGCUGAGCAGUGACAGGGUCACCAACACCUCCUCCGAGAGCCCAGUCCCCAGCAUCGGUGCCAGCCUCCCCACCUCUGCUGGGAAUAGGACUCACAAGGCCAGGACCAGGCCCAAGGCCCGAAAGCAAGGCGUGAGUCCUGCAGACAUGUACCGGUGGAAGCUCUCGUCCCACGAGCCCUGCAGUGCCACCUGCACCACAGGGGUCAUGUCAACAUAUGCCAUGUGCGUCCGCUACGAUGGUGUGGAGGUAGAUGACAGCUACUGUGAUGCCCUGACCCGUCCCGAGCCUGUCCAUGAAUUCUGUGCUGGGCGGGAGUGCCAGCCCAGGUGGGAGACGAGCAGCUGGAGUGAGUGCUCGCGCACCUGUGGCGAGGGCCACCAGUUCCGCACUGUGCGCUGCUGGAAGAUGCUGUCACCCGGCUUCGACAGCUCCGUGUACAGUGACCUGUGUGAGGCGGCCGAGGCCGUGCGCCCCGAGGAGCGCAAGACCUGCCGGAACCCGGCCUGUGGGCCCCAGUGGGAGAUGUCCGAGUGGUCGGAGGUGACCUUCACUGGUGGAGCAGGGACCGAGGCUGGGCAGGUUGGGUCGGGGUGCCUGUGUCAGGACCGCCCCAACCCAUCCCCCUCUGCGCAGUGCACAGCCAAGUGUGGGGAGCGCAGCGUGGUCACCAGGGACAUCCGCUGCUCGGAGGAUGAGAAGCUGUGCGACCCCAGCACCAGGCCUGUGGGGGAGAAGAACUGCACAGGCCCCCCCUGCGACCGCCAGUGGACAGUCUCUGACUGGGGGCCGUGCAGCGGGAGCUGUGGGCAGGGCCGCACCAUUAGGCACGUGUACUGCAAGACCAGCGAUGGACGGGUGGUGCCCGAGUCCCAGUGCCAGGUGGAGACCAAGCCGCUGGCGAUCCACCCCUGCGGGGACAAGAGCUGCCCCGCCCACUGGCUGGCCCAGGACUGGGAACGGUGCAACACGACCUGUGGGCGUGGUGUGAAGAAGCGGCUGGUCCUCUGCAUGGAGCUGGCCAAUGGGAAGCCACAGACACGAAGUGGCCCUGAGUGUGGGCUCGCCAAGAAGCCCCCUGAGGAGAGCACUUGCUUUGAGAGGCCCUGCUUCAAGUGGUACACCAGUCCAUGGUCGGAGUGCACCAAGACAUGUGGAGUGGGCGUGAGGAUGCGGGAUGUCAAGUGCUACCAGGGGACUGACAUUGUCCGCGGCUGCGACCCACUGGUGAAACCCGUUGGCAGACAGGCCUGUGACCUGCAGCCCUGCCCCACGGAGCCCCCAGAUGACAGCUGCCAGGACCAGCCAGGCACCAACUGUGCCCUGGCCAUCAAGGUGAACCUCUGUGGCCACUGGUACUACAGCAAGGCGUGCUGCCGCUCCUGCAGGCCCCCCCACUCCUAGGCCGGCAUCUGCAGCCCCUUUGAGACCGAGGCGGAGUGCCCCACCUUGGGGCUGCUGCAGAUUCGGAGGGCCCUCCACAGAUACCCUCCCAUAAGGUGCCUGGGCUGAGAGCAUGACCCAGAGCCCAUGGACCUGUGCAGGGGCCCGGCGCUCGUCAGCCCCUCCCUGGACAGAGCUGCCCCUGAGGUUGAAACUUGGGCAUCCUUGUGUGCGGCUCCUGGGUUUGUGGCAGCCCCCAGCAGUCCUCAGCCGAGGGGCCAGGGCCCAUGGCUCAGCAGUGAGGUGGCCGUCACCCUGCCUGCAGUCCAGGCCCUCUCUGGGGAGACGGGGCCUUUUCAAGGAGCCUUGCAGGUGACCUCAACCCAGGAAGGUGUCGUGGGGCAGGGAGGGGCCCAGUGGCUGAGGAGGCCAGGUGCACUCCUUCCAGAUGAUUCUCUCUUGCAAUGUAGCCUCUGCUCCGCCCCCCGAGCGGAGCCUGUGUGCGCGGCAGGGCCGCCACACUCCAGGCCCCAGUGAGAGGCACCCUCUCGCCCCCAUACAUGGUGGGGACAGUGGGCUUAGUCCCUGCAGCCACCGUCAGCGCUUGUCUGUGUAUGUUAAUAAAGUGGUCGUAUUUAUGGCGGCAUCAUGGG